AUGAUGAGUACCCCUCAAUUAAUCCCCCUCAUCACCUGUUUCCUUUUCCUGAGGUUUGCCGCCGCACAAACACUCAUCGACACCUCCGAAAAUCCCGUCCGCCGUGGAGUCCCUUACUACAUCUCCUCGAUCGGCCGUGGGGCCGCCGGCGGCGACCUCAGCCUGGUGGAGAGCCGCAGCACGUGCCCUCUGGACGUGAUUCAGAUGCCGUCUGACAUCAGACCGGGCCUGCCCUUGACCUUCCACCCGGCGAGUGGGCUAGACGGGCCCAUCAACGCCCGGGCCAAUCAGAAAUUCCGGUUCACCACCGCACCUAUAGAGUGCAACGAGAGCACUGUAGUGACGGUGCGUAUUGACCCAUUCCUCCGGAGGAGUACCCUCUCGACCGGGGGUGUGCUCGGGAACCCCACCGGACAGGACCCGGCUUACUGGUUCAAGUUCGAGCCAUACGGGCCGAGCGGCCCGAAUACAUGGUACAGGCUCCAGUAUUGUUUGUCGUGCGAAAGGUGCAGAAUGGCGGACCAAUGCUCGAAUGUGACCGUAGUCUCGGAUGGCCGCUCGAGGCGUUUGGCUCUGGCCACGUCGGAAUCAAAUGCGCCGUUUACUGUUAACAUCAGGCGGGCCCGAGCUUAUGAUAAAUCAGCUGAAUAA